AUGACCACUGAAGCACAAGAAGAAUUCGACAAGCUUGUCGCCAACAAUACCCAUCGGGAAACCCUCCACCCUGAAGAUCGUGACGACGCCGACUCCCACCACGGAUCCGACGUCUCUGAAGAAGAACAAUAUCGCAACGCCAGAAUCGAAGAAGCCAUGAGAAUGCCUACCGCCGCUGCUGAGCUCAGACUCCCCCCCGUGUCAUUUGACAGCGGCCGUUCUACCGGUGUCAAAGGCGUCAUUGCCGAUGCCAGAAGCUAUGAAUCUGCCCGCAAGACCAAAUGGAGAAACCGAGCCAUGUCCGUUCGCAAGAGCGUCUUUGGUGCCCCCCGCUCAAGCGACAAAAACAGCGAGAGCGAGAGUGAAGAGGCCAUCUUUAGCGGUGGUGACGACGACGAAGAAGAGUUCUUGAGCCAGUGGAGAGAGGCUCGGAGACAGGAGCUCGAGAAGGAAGCCGCCGGCGCAUCUAUUCGCACCCGAAGGACGAGCCCCAGCACGCGGAUAUACGGCCGCAUGGAUGAGGUGGACGCCUUGGGAUACCUAGACGCCAUCGAAAAGGUCAACAGAGAUACCACUGUUGUUGUAUUUGUCUACGAUCACGAGAGUGAGGUCUCCUCAGCAAUCGAAUCAGUGCUGGUGCCGCUGGUCAAGUCUAACACGUCGGUUCACUUCGUCAAGGUCCACUACGAGGAUAUUGAAUUCGACAAUGCCGCAGUGCCUGCCAUUCUGGCCUACCGAAACCAGGGAGACCUGUUUGCCAACCUGACCGGUAUUAUCGAGAUGAUGCCAGAUGACGAACACUUUGGCCCCGAGUCCCUGGAAAAGGUCCUCAAGAAGCACGGCGUGCUGUGA